CUCAUCUUUUCUUUUUUGGCGCCUAUUUUUUUUUCGUAACAUCAUCCUCAUUAGUGUAAAAGUUUUUUUCUUUUCCAUAAAUUAUAAUCUGAUUUGAUUAGUAUUAAAAAAUAUGGAAUUUUUACAAGAAUGUCAAGAUUAUUUUGGUACAAAAAAUCUAUAUGAAAUUUUAGAUUUAUCAAAAACAGCUAAAUUAUCCGAAAUUAAAUCGGCAUAUCGUAAAAAAUCAUUAAAAGUUCAUCCGGAUAGAGUUCAAAUUGAAAGUCAAAAAGAAUCAGCUAAACGUGCAUUUCAAAUAUUGACAAAGGUUCAUUGUGUAUUGAGCAAUGAUGAAUAUCGAAAAGUUUAUGAUGAAAGUGGAAUGAUCAUUACCGAUGAGAAUAGUUUUACAAAUUUAUCAACAUUUGAAGAAUUUUUAAAUUAUUGGCGAACAUUAUUUCCUCGAAUUGAUAGUAAAAAAUUGGAAAAUUUUGCCCAAGAAUAUAUUGGUUCAUCGGAAGAGGAAAAAGAUUUAAAAAAUCUUUAUCUAAAAUUUAAUGGUGAUUUAAAUAUGAUUUUUGAACAUCAUUAUUUUUAUGAUGAAGAUCGUGUUACUGAAAUGCUUAACAAAUUGAUUGAUUCGAAUGAAAUUCCUAAAUUUGAUGCAUUUGUAAAAGAAUCAAAAUCAAAAAAAGAAAAACGUCUUAAAAAAAUUAAAAAAGAAGCUUCAUUAGCUGAAAAAGAAGCAAAGAAAAAAGAUGAUGAUAAUUCUGAUCUAAUUAUGGCCAUUCAAAAACGAAAUUCAUCAAAAGAAAAUAAUUUCGAUGAUAUGAUUAAAAAUCUUGAAGCUAAAUAUGCCGGAUCAAAGAAUCAAAAAUCAUCGACAAAAAAUAAAAAGCGUCGUGUUUGAAUUUUGUUUUUUUCUCUAUAACAUCAUUGUUUCAUGUGAUCAAAUGUUUUCUAUUUGAAAAUUUAUCGAAAAAAAAAUUUGAUUCAUUCAAAUUAUUUUUGUAACACGAAAAAACCAAAAAACACUAUUAUGACACACCAAUGCAAAUUC